AUGUUAACCGGCGUGCCCCUCUUCUCGGUGGCGGCCAGAUCCGACAAGCUCUUCCGGGCUGUGCACCGCCAAGGCGAUGUGCUGCUCAAGAUGCUUCUUGUGGCGCCCAGCCAGCGCAUGACCAGUGACGACGUCGUCCAUGCGUUGGAAGGCCUCCUCCUCUCGUAA